UGGUCUUUACCAACGUGAGAGAACCGGCUUGUGAGCGAUCUUGCUGUCUCGUACUGAGUCAGUUCCUUAAUUUCACCGGGUAGUUUAUGCCUGUUUUUGAAUUCAUCGAAAGAUGUACAGAAUAGUGAAUUUUUAUUAGUGUUUGUUGGAUUUAAUUUUUCAUUUGUUGAAGCAUCAUGGCAGCCUUCGAAGAGAUGGGUGUUCUGCCGGAAAUAGCGAAAGCCGUAGAAGAUAUGGAAUGGAUGUUACCAACUGAUGUCCAAGCAGAGGCUAUUCCUUUGAUCUUGGGUGGCGGAGAUGUUUUAAUGGCGGCGGAAACUGGAAGUGGUAAAACUGGAGCCUUCUGUUUACCGAUCUUACAAAUCGUUUGGGAAACAUUGAAGGAUAUUGAGUCCGGAAAAGGAAGAAAAUCCACCCAAGUGCAACAAUCUUUAAACUGGGGGUUGAGCCUGUUCGACAGAGGUAAAGCGUUAGCUAUUACUCCUGAUGGCUUGCGUUGUCAAAGCCGAGAGCAACGGGAAUGGCACGGUUGCAGAGCAAACAAGGGGGUGCAUGGUAAUGGCAAAUUUUUCUAUGAAGCUAUUGUCACUGACGAGGGCUUGUGUCGAGUUGGUUGGUCAACGUCUCAGGCUUCUUUAGACCUUGGAACUGACAAAUUUGGUUAUGGUUUUGGCGGCACUGGAAAGAAAUCGAAUGCGAAACAAUUUGAUGACUAUGGCGAACCUUUUGGGAUGCACGAUGUUAUUGGUUGUUUACUGGACUUAACUAUUGGUGAAAUACGAUAUCUGAAGAAUGGAACCGAUUUAGGGCGAGCCUUCACCCUAAAUGAACAGCAGAAAUCACAGACCUUUUUUCCUGCCGUUGUGCUAAAAAAUGCCGAGAUGUCGUUUAAUUUCGGUGCUCAGCCUUUUAAGCAUCCUCCACCAAGUGGAUACAUUGCUGUAUCCGCCGCCCCAAAGGAUCUGAUAAAACUAAAUCCAGUGAAUUGCAGUCAAGGCCAAACAUCCGAAGGAAAUGGCAAGCCGACCAGUAAUGCACCACAAGCAAUUAUUAUCGAACCCUCCCGUGAACUGGCAGAGCAGACAUUUCAACAAUUACAAAAGUUUAAGGUGAACUUGAAGGAUCCAAAAGUUAAGGAGCUCCUGGUCAUCGGAGGUGUAAAUAUAAAGGAACAAAUUUCUAUAUUAAAUUCUGGCGUUGAUAUUGUUGUUGGUACACCUGGCCGCUUGGAGGAUCUUGUUCAGAGUGGUUAUUUAUCACUAACUCAUUGCAGGUUUUUUGUGUUAGAUGAAGCUGACGGUUUACUUAAGCAAGGAUACAGCGAAAUGAUUGAUCGAUUAUACAAUCAAAUGCCGAAAAUUACGUCCGACGGCAACAGAUUGCAAAUGAUAGUGUGCUCCGCUACAUUGCACGAUUUUGAUGUUAAGAAAAUGGCAGGCCGAUUGAUGCACUUUCCGACGUGGGUAGAUCUGAAAGGUGAAGAUGCUGUCCCAGAUACAGUUCAUCAUGUUGUUGUGAUGGUCGAUCCUCAGAAGGAUAAAUUAUGGCAAAAUUUGAGAUGUCACAUCCAAACUGAUGGUGUUCACAGCAGAGAUGAUGUACGACCUGGCAACAACACUGCUGAGACACUCUCAGAAGCGAUUAAAAUACUUAAAGGGGAAUAUUGCGUUCGUGCUAUUAAGGAGUUAAAAAUGGAUCGAGCCCUUCUGUUUUGUCGAACAAAACUAGACUGUGACAAUUUGGAACGCUACCUAAAGCAAAUGGGCGGAAGUCAGUUUUCGUGUGUUUGCUUACACGGUGACAGGAAACCCGCAGAACGCAAGUCCAAUUUGGAAAAGUUUAAAAAGCAAGAAGUUAAGUUCCUGAUAUGCACCGACGUGGCCGCCAGAGGAUUAGAUAUAACUGGUUUACCAUUCAUGAUCAACAUUACUUUACCGGACGAGAAAUCGAAUUACGUACAUCGCAUAGGAAGAGUAGGCAGAGCUGAAAGGAUGGGACUGGCUAUCUCAUUAGUUAGUAGCGUUCCAGAAAAAGUUUGGUAUCAUGGCGAAUGGUGUCCUUCACGAGGAAGAAAUUGUACCAAUACGAGACUAACUACGGAGGGAGGUUGCUGCGUCUGGUACAACGAACCACGGUAUUUAGGAGAAAUCGAGGAGCACUUGAAUGUGACAAUACAACAGAUUGAACCUGAUAUUAAAGUCCCAAUGAAUGAAUUUGAUGGCAAGGUCAUUUACGGACAAAAGAAUUUAAAUACUGGGAGUGGAUAUCAAGGACACACUCAACAAAUGGCACCAAGCGUUAACGAGUUAGCAACACUUGAAUCCAAGGCACAGUUAACGUAUUUGAAGAGGCACACAAAAGUCUGCUGAACUGAACGUAAAUGAAAAUGUUUAAAACAGAAACAUCCUACUCUGCUCCAGUUUGCAUCAACCGUAAUAUAUACUUAGAAUAAAACAUUUAAAGAUUCGUAAUUUUCCCUCAAUGUUGUAUGUAAAAUGGGUUUUUCAAUAAAAUACUUCGCAGAUUUUAUGACGAUUAAAUUCACAA